UGAGUUCCCAGACCUGAGUGUUCACAACAAUUACAUGGCCAAGGUGCUGACCCUGGACCUGUACAAGAAGUUGAGGGACAAACAGACUCCCAGUGGAUUUACCUUGGAUGAUGUCAUCCAAACUGGGGUUGACAACCCAGCAAUAUCAAAAUGGCCCAACUAAAUAAUCAGAGACUGCCUCCUGAUGAGGAGUACCCGGACCUGAGCGCCCACAACAACCACAUGGCCAAGGUGCUAACCCUGGACUUGUACAAGAAACUGAGAGACAGAGUUACACCCAGUGGCUUCACCCUGGAUGAUGUCAUUCAGACUGGGGUUGAUAAUCCUGGCCAUCCCUUCAUUAUGACAGUAGGCUGCGUAGCUGGUGAUGAAGAAUCCUAUGAGGUGUUUAAGGCACUCUUUGACCCAAUUAUCAAGGACCGACAUGGAGGCUACAAACCAACUGACCAGCACAAGACUGACUUGAAUCCUGAUAACCUACAGGGUGGUGAUGACCUGGACCCCAACUACGUGCUAAGCUCCCGUGUCAGAACUGGUAGGAGCAUCCGUGGAUUCUGCCUUCCCCCUCAUUGUAGCAGAGGAGAGAGACGGGCUAUUGAGAAGCUUUCUGUUGAAGCCCUGGCUAGCCUGGAAGGUGACCUUAAUGGAAAGUACUAUGCUUUGAAAAACAUGACUGAUGCAGAGCAGCAGCAGCUGAUUGAUGAUCACUUCCUAUUUGAUAAACCAGUUUCUCCUCUCCUGUUGGCUUCUGGAAUGGCACGAGAUUGGCCUGAUGGCAGAGGUAUUUGGCACAAUGACAACAAGACCUUCCUUGUCUGGAUCAAUGAGGAAGAUCACCUUAGAGUUAUUUCCAUGCAGAAAGGUGGCAACAUGAAGGAAGUGUUCACCCGCUUCUGUACUGGGCUAACACAGAUUGAAACUCUCUUUAAGACCAAAAACUAUGAGUUCAUGUGGAAUCCACACCUUGGCUACAUCCUGACCUGCCCAUCCAACCUUGGGACAGGUCUCCGUGGUGGUGUACACAUCAAACUACCUAACCUUGGCAAGCAUGAGAAGUUUGGAGAAAUCCUCAAGAGGCUGAGGCUGCAGAAGCGAGGCACAGGGGGUGUGGAUACUGCUGCUGUUGGAGGAGUGUUUGAUGUCUCCAAUGCUGACCGGCUAGGCUUCUCUGAGGUAGAGCUGGUGCAGAUGGUGGUUGAUGGUGUGAAGCUACUGAUUGAAAUGGAAAAACGCCUUGAAAAAGGCCAGUCCAUUGAUGACCUCAUACCAGCUCAGAAAUGAAAGCACUUUAAUUCCAUGCUUCCUAACUUAUUGGAUGAAUAAGAAACAUCACUCCAAUCAAAGCCCUGGGGUCAAAAACCCACUAGUAACACUGUAGAAAAGUCUUCCAUCCAUCUGUGUUAGAGUUUAUUUUUUUGAUGGCUGAGAUGUUGCUGAAAAAAAUGAAAUAAACGAUUGUUUUGGCCUGA